CGCUUCGAAGCCACAAACCAACAGAUAGCAGUUUGACAAUUGACAGUGACGUUCUACGAUGAUAAUUUGAUACUGCUUUCUCUUACGACCCAAGUUCGAUAUUGUGCUUUUCGAAUUCUUCCCAAAGGACUCUAGUGUGUACGCAUGUUUAUCACGCGUCUCCUGUCUCGUCCAAUGGGCCGCCAGCAAACCUUAGGUAAAUUCUUCGAAAUGCCCAAGUCUAUCAAGCCAGCACCACCCCAGCAAUCAAGUUUGAGGGAAAUGUGGACAAAGACAAAGCCACCAGCCAAGGUGGACGCGUCUCGCGUCAAGGAUGAAGCCAUGGACGUCGAUACGCGUCCUGCGCCCAAAGCCGAAAGUUCUAAGCGCAAGGAAGUCGUUCCCGUAGCGGACGCGCCUAGGAUCAAAAGGCGGCGAGUAGUUGAAUCUGACGAAGAGGGUGAACCGUCUUCGACAGCAGAACAACGUGUGCUGUCUUCCCCAACAUCUUCGAAAACACCAACUCCCCCUGUGCCUUCACCCAAAGCUACAGCCAAGAGCAAGUCGAAGUCCAAAGCAAUUGCUGAGAAAGAGACUGUGACUCAGGUCGAAGCUAGCUCCCCAGCCCCAAGUGAUGACGACAGAGAUGAUGAGGUUAUGGACGAAGAUUCUGAGGAUGGUGGUGGCAAGGCUACAAAUCUAACAGCCGCGUCGAAAAGUGCUAUUGCCGCUCUGUCCAAAGUUGAGGACGUCGACAUCAAGGGUGGCUGGAAAACCGGUGAUCCUGUACCGUAUGCAGCCUUGACCAACGUGUUCUCCAAGAUCGAAGCUACAACUAAGCGCUUGGAAAAGAAUGCCCUUCUAACCUCAUUUCUGCUUCUUGUUAUUCAGCGAAGCACUUCAGGCAACGCGCAGUCUCUCCUCCAAGCAGUGUAUCUCUGCAUAAACAGGUUAAGCCCUGAUUAUGUGGGUAUUGAACUGGGCAUCGGUGAAAGCUUGCUCAUAAAAGCGAUCGGAGAGUCCACCGGUCGUACUAUUGCCACUGUCAAAGCUGAACUGAAGAAAGAAGGCGACCUGGGUUUAGUAGCAAUGAACUCGAAGAAUCGCCAAAAGACGAUAGGGAAGCCUAAAGCGCUGACAAUUCCAUACGUUUUUGCUAGUCUCAAAGAGAUCGCCCUUACUUCUGGUCAAUCUUCGCAAGCAAAGAAAGUAUCUAUCAUAACGAAACUCCUUGCAGCUUGUCAGGACUUUGAAGCCAAGUAUAUAGUCCGUAGUCUAGAGGGAAAACUUCGUAUAGGGAAUGCUGAGCGCUCUGUACUUGUUGCCCUUGCUCAUGCGUCGGUUCUUGCAGAGAGAGAAAGAGCAGGAAAGAAGUGGUCGGAUGAGAAACUGGCUGCUCGUCUGGAGGAGGGAGCGAGUAUUAUGAAGGGCGUGUUUAGUGAGCUACCCUCUUAUGAUGAAGUGGUUCCCGCAUUGCUCGAGUGUGGUCUGGAUGGUCUACGAGACCGUUGCAAACUUACUCCUGGUGUCCCAUUAAAGCCUAUGCUUGCUAAGCCGACUAAGGCUAUCGGUGAAGUCCUGGACAGGUUUGAGAAGAAGCGGUUCACGUGCGAAUAUAAAUACGACGGCGAACGUGCUCAGGUUCACAAGCUUGAGGAUGGUACCGUCAAUGUCUUCAGUCGAAAUUCUGAGGAUAUGAGCAAGAAAUAUCCAGACCUCGUUGAACAACUUCCAAAGUGUUUCAAAGAAUCAACCCAGUCAUUUGUACUAGAUGCCGAGGCCGUUGCAUGGGACCCUGUCGCUAGCAAAAUACUCCCCUUCCAGGAGCUGAGCAAGCGGAAGCGCAAGGACGUCAAAGUGGAGGAUAUCCAAGUACGAGUAUGCUUGUUUGCGUUCGAUCUUUUGUGUUUGAAUGGUGAACCUUUACUUCACAAACCACUUGUCGAACGUCGUUCCCUUUUACGAGAUAACUUCAAUGUGGUACCUGGAGAGUUUGACUUUGCCAAAGCGUCGGAUGGCGAAACCACCGAUGAGAUACAAUCUUUCCUUGAAGAAAGUGUCAAGGACGGGUGUGAAGGUCUGAUGGUCAAAAUGCUGGAAAGCGAGGCAAGCUUUUACGAACCAAGCCGAAGAAGUGUUAAUUGGCUUAAGCUGAAAAAGGACUACUUGGCCGGCAUUGGGGAUUCCCUUGACUUGGUAGUCGUUGGUGGAUACUACGGCAAGGGAAAGCGGACGAACGUCUACGGGGCUUUCCUCCUAGCAUGCUAUGACAGUGACUCUGAAGAAUAUCAAACGAUAUGCAAGAUAGGGACAGGUUUCAGUGAGGAAGCUCUUCAAUCUCUGUACGAUUUGCUCCGGCCACUUGAGAUGACCAAAGUUCGGGGCGAUGUCAAGGUUGGGGGAGCGAAGCCAGAUAUCUGGUUCGAGCCGAAGGUCGUAUGGGAAGUUUUGACGGCGGAUUUAAGUUUAAGUCCAGUUUAUACUGCGGCUCAAGGACUUGCGGACGAGCGAGGUAUAUCACUUAGGUUCCCUCGCUUUAUACGGAUACGAGACGAUAAGUCUGCAGAAGAUGCGACGGGGCCGGAACAGGUUGCCGAGAUGUAUGAGAAACAGGCCCUGGCACAGAGUAGCACUAAGAAGGGACGCGGGGACGCAGACGACGGAUUUUGGUGAUUUAUGGGAGGUAUUUACGUAUAAUAUAUAUGAAUGAAACACAGAUAGUGAA